UAAAAGGUCUUAUGCUUGUGAUCCAAUCAGAGCCCUUCUACAGUAUAUAUUUCUCCUCAAGGUGCCUCAAGAUCAAUACAAAUUUUGGUUCAGGGUCCUGCCUUCCACCCAGCCUGAAUGUAGCAGGUUUUCUGCAUUAGUGACUCUCAUUCAUUGGGCCAAAUCUCCGCCCACUGCUCUCUUAUUCCUGAGCUCUUGCCCUCCCUUGGACAUGUAACUCUAGCUGGCUAAAAUGAGUGUAGACUGUAUCCAGUUGGGAGGAGAGCAGUUCGCUCCCCACUGCUGCCCUGCCAUGAUGCUGAACCCUUUCUUUGUAGCCGUGGUGGUAGUCUUUGCUAGUGCUGUCACUGGAUGCCCUGUCCUGUGCACAUGCCGCAAUCAGGCUGUGGAUUGCAGUGGGCUUCGACUCUUUUCGGUGCCACCAGAUCUUCCAUUGGAUACCAGAAACCUCAGCCUAGCACACAACCACAUCACUGCCAUCCCUCCUGGAUACCUAACAUGUUACUCUGAGCUGCGGGUGCUGGACUUGAGAAACAACUCACUUUUUGAGUUACCUGUUGGACUGUUCUGGACAUCCAAACGCCUGUCGCACUUGGACUUGAGCUACAAUAACUUCAGCCAUGUGGUGGCAGAUAUGUUCAAGGAAGCCUACAGUCUAGUGCAAAUUGACUUGAGCCACAACCCCUGGCUGAGGAAGGUGCACCCUCAGGCUUUCCAAGGUUUGGUCCAACUUCAGAACCUUGAUCUCAGCUAUGGGGGUCUCUCAUUCCUCAGCCUAGACGCUCUAGAGGGACUCACAGGAUUGGUGACUCUUCAAAUUGGAGGCAAUCCCUGGGUAUGCAGCUGUACCAUGGAGCCACUGUUGAAGUGGUUGAGAAAUAGGAUCCAGAGAUGUAUGUCAGAUUCUCAGCUGGCUGAGUGCCGGGCACCACCUGAAGUAGAAGGAGCCCCUUUGGUUUCUCUAACGGAGGAAAGCUUCAAGGCCUGCCACCUGACCUUGACACUGGAUGAUUAUCUCUUCAUUGCCUUUGUGGGCUUUGUUGUCUCCAUCGCUUCAGUUGCCACCAACUUCCUACUGGGCAUCACUGCCAACUGUUGCCACCGUUGGAGCAAGGCGAGCGAGGAUGAAGAGAUAUAGCCACAUGACCUGCUCCUUCCUGCUCCUGCAUUGCCCGCAGUCAGGGGGAAGCCAAGGGCUAUCAAGUUCAGGGAAAGAAAAUCACUUGUCUUUUCCCUGCUCUGCCAUUUUCUUGAGGCUUCCUCCCUCCAACCCCUGUAUAGCCGUGCAAGACUGCCACUCAUCAGUCUUUCUUUUCAGGGGUGAGGAACAGGGCCAGCAAGGGUAGGGAGACUGAAGUGUGCCUUGUACAAUCCUCUUCGCACUGGAAACAGCCAGCAAACCAUGGCCUGAAAAGUGAUGGAUGCACAUCAGUGGAUGCUUCAAACCAUUCUUCAUCCAUUGCCUUCCUCACCACUCUUUGCAU